GCGCUCCGGGCCCAGCGGGUCCUAGAACCCGCCGGCUGUCCUCGCGGACCGGCUGUCCUCACGGGCCGGCUGCUGCGGACGCCCGGGCUCCGCCGGCGCGGCUGCCCGCCUUGCGCGGUGCGGGCCCGGGGGUCCUAGAGCCCGCCACGUUGCGGGCUUUUGUCCCUGGCGCGCCGCCCGCCUAGCGAGAGCCGCGGCGCCGGCGGCCCCCUCCCUGGCCGAGGUCCUGGCCACCCCUCCCGCGGUCCUAGAGAACGCCAUUUUGCAGGUCUUUGUCCGGCCCCGGCUCUCGGUCCCAUUCAUUUGUUCAUUCUCUCAUUCUUUGUCACCCCUUGCCACAUUCUCCAAGGCCACGUUUCCCAGGGCUCAUUCCGAGACGAGGCAGCUCGGGGCCCUGGCCUGCGCGGCUGUCUGGCGGGGGCGCAGACACAGACGGUUGCGGGGGGCGAGAAGCGCAGCGCUUCUGCAGCUCUCGGCUCCUCGGCGCGCCUGGUAGGCCCUGGCGCUCUCCAAACCCCCACCUGCCUCGGAGAAGACCCGGGCCUGGAGCGCCGUGGCGCCCCUGCUUCUACUGCCUGUUACUGGGGGAACCGGUACUGAUGGGAAGGAUGCAAAAGAGUUUUCCCAGGAGCGAAGGCAAACCGAGGCAGAGGGCAGUGCAGGUGGAGAUGCAUCCAGGUGGGGAAGUUUGAGAAUGGUGGCUGGAGCUCAGGUUGCUGCAGGGAGGGGGAAACACGCUGAGCUGAGGCUGGAAACGUGGGUUGGGGUUAGGUUGUGAACUGACCAGAUUGGAGGCCUAGGAGAUCCUUAACUCUCACCUCUGCACGCACUGUUCAUGCUUACACGUCUGCCGUCUCCCCGAGUCUGUGAGGCCUGUGGGUGACAUGUUUAGACAUGGAGACGGAGCUGCAGGGACCAUAAAAAGUGGCUCCUUUCUCACCUCAUCCCAGCUCCCAGGCUCCUAGCCUAGACUCUCUGGGAAUGAAGCCUCUGACUCCCGUUCAGGCAGCAGGACUUCAUCCCUCUCCUAAGCCAGCAGGGAAGCAAAGACAGCCUUCCUCACUAGAGCGGUGAAGCCGUGUGGGAAACAGGCCUGAUGCUAUUUGGACCUUGGGAACUUGGACAGCAGAGAAAUCCAGUUAAUAAAUAGUUGUUGAUGGACAGUCUCACACAUGCCUACUGAGGGGAAGGCAGAGGCUCUAGGCCUGGGUCUGAACUGUGUCUCAGAGGUUGAGUCUUUGCGUUUGUUUUGGGGCGCUAGUCACAGUUCUAGGUGUAGUGGAUACAGAAUAAGAAAGGCUCCCGGCUCUUCGCUAGCCUAGAUUCUUGUGCUGGAGACAGAGAGUUAACCACUAAGCCAUAAAAUGUGUAAGUGCUAUCAGGGGAUGGAGAGCAGAAGUUUGGGAGGCAGACCACCUAGCUUUGAAUACUGGCUAUGACUAUCACUGCUUCAUUUCUGUGUGCCUCGGUAUCCUUGUCUGUUUAACUUAGCCUGUUCAGGCUACCGUAGCGAAAACACAGACUGGGGGGCUUAACCAACAGAAACUUAUUUCUCACAAUCCUGGAGGCUGGGAAGUCCACGAUCAAGGUGCUGGCCAGUUCCUGGUGAGGACUCUUUUCCUGGCUUGCAGGCAUGCACACAUUCAGUCUGUAACAAACUUCUCCAGCGGUUCUCAACCUGUGGGCCGCGACCAUGGGAAAACACAUAUAGCAUAUCAGAUAUUUACAUUACAAUUCAUAACAGCAGCAAAAUUGCAGUUAUGAAGUUGCACUGAAAAUAAUUUUAUGGUUGGGGGUCACCACAACAUGAGGAACUGUGUUAAAGGGUCGCGGCAUUAGGAAGGUUGAGAACCACAGUUGUGAGACUUAGCUUGAGUAGUACACGUAAAAUUCUCAGAACGGUACCUGGCUGGUGCUAAGCUUGCAAGAAGGAACGCUAUCCAUGGGAGCACCGUAACGGAAAUUAAAGAGGGGGGAGGAGACUGGUCAGCAGGGGCGCCCACAGCCUUCAGAAAGGUGGUCUGGAAAGCCUUCUUUGAGAAAGUGACAGGGACCUGAGACCCAAAUAAAACCAAAGAGAUAGCUACACAAAGAUCCUUGGGGGAGAGUGGUUCUCGCAGAGGGUACUGUGUGCAAAGGCCCUGAAGGAAGAAGGAAUUUAGCUCUUUGAGGUAAAGAAAGGGAGCAGGUGUGGGUGGAGCUUAGUGGGACAGGGAAGAGGAAUGGAAGUUGAGGGAGGCAGGAGUUAGACGGUUCAAGCCUUGCUGGCCAUGAAAGGAAUAUUGGUCUUUGCCCUUGGAACAGUGGAAAGUCUCAUGGUUUGGCUAAUACGUCUUCAGGAAAUGAAGACUGCUGGCGAAAGAGCCCGGCCCAGAGACCUGAAGACUCGGUUUGAGUCAGGGCUCCUUGACAGCUGUGUGUUCUGGUGCAAGUUUUUCCCUCUGGGGCGUAAUCUGCACCUCUGAAAGCAAGGCAAAGUAAAAACGCCUUUCUCCUAAAAGCUUGUGAAGACUUAAGGAUGUGUCUUUGGUUCCUAAAUGUUGAGUGUUGAUUGGAAUGACCCAGAAAGUGUGUUCACAGGAAAGUUUCUGUCCUGCCCCACACUCCCUGGAUGGUUAUUCUCAUACCGGGGGCUCACAGACCUGACUUGGAGGAACCCCACCGUAGGGAGUGGUAGGUGAGAGUCCUCACUGAACGGUGAAGCGAGGAGAUAAUUUGACAGGGGCCUCGCCGACCUGGCCCUCUGCUCUUCAUGGAGCUGGGUGCCUGCUGGGACCAACCUGGUGCCGCCACUUGUCCCCUGGGCAGUGCCUUAGGAGUGGUUUACCCAUCCAGCUACCUGGUUUCUGGCUCACAGAUAGGAAGACAGGCCCAGAGGUCAGAAUCCAUGGGUCCUGCCUCUGAGAGGGAAGCAGACAUAUAGGGACUGGCUCUGGUCUCCGGCGGUUCUACAGGGAUAAGAGAAGACAAAGGGGCAACCUGAGCUCAGAGUCCAGCCCCUGUGGGGCCGGCCCAGGGGGCAGACAAGACUGUGAGGGCCCAGAUCACUGAGUAAGGACCCAACCACUCAAGGCGAGUGAAACAGCUAGAUUCAACUCCCAGCUGCGGAUUACUAGGUGUGGCCACGGGCUAGUUAUUUAGCACAAUGCCAUUUUUUUCUCUGGGCCACAGUUCUCUUAUCUGUGAAAAGGGAAUAAUAAUAGUACUUUUCUCAUGGUGCGGGCAGGAAAUUGAAGUGAGUUAAUACAUGUAAAGAGCUUAGGAUACUGCCUGUUAUUUAGCAAGUGCUUUGUAAAUGUGAGCUAUCGGUUUUUUUAUUAAAGAGAAACUUUAUCAGUCAGGCUGUCCAGAGAUGGUCUGAAAGGAGGUAGUGAGUGCCUCAUCCAGGGAUAGGAAGAGAUCCCCUGGAAACUCGAGAUCCCCUGGAAAGUUGAUCCUCAAACCCUUUAACUCACUUUCCAGCCCCAGAAUUUAGUGGGAAAAGUGAAAAAAACAACAAGGUGAUGGUGGAACAGCGUUGAGUGGGAUUGGCGCCAGAAACCAAAGCGGAGAUGCAGGACGAGCUUCCUGGGCGAAGUGGGGCUCAAAGGCAGGAUUGAUGGGAUUUGUAACAGCCAGGAAGGACCUGGGAACUUGCAUGGCGUGCUGGAAGCCAUGGAAAGUUCUUGAGUGUCACACAGUGCUUCCGGGAGAAGACGCUGGCUGCCUGUGCACACCCGACUGUGUGUGUAGGGGUGGGGACUGAGGCAGGCCCACCGGGCAGAAGGGUGCUGACUCUAAAGAUGCAGCCCGUGCCACUCACUCCGGGGCUCCAGUGUCCUCCCCGGGCCGUAACGCAGAAGCCACCAAGCCCCGAGGCGUACGGACAGGGAAACAGGCUUAGAAAGGAACACGAGAAAGAACUCAGGCCCCCUACCUCCCAACCUCACUUCUGGGCACUCCAGCCUCCCUUUCCCAUAGCAGAUCCUCACCCCCACCCAGGCUGCCCCCAGCAGCUGCUGCUGCGCACUCCUUAAGUGGAUCUGCCGUAAUCCUCUCCCUUCAUCCCCCAGGGAGGAUGAGCUGGUGUUAGGGCUAAUGCAGCUGUUAAUCCUGUUUCCUUCCGGCCAUGACCCACAGGAGCAGCUGUGUGGACGGUGUCUGGCUCUGAACCGAGAAUGAAGGGGCCUCCGCUAGAGUGGGUGUCCCGGGAAGCCAGAUCAGAUACACUGAUUUUGACUCAGGGGCUUCUAACUGCUAGCAAUGGUUCAAGCUGCCUUGAGAGUGACUGAGCUUCCUAUGACCAGAGCUAGGGGAGCAGGAGCCCACAGUGAUUCCAGAGCAGGGGUGGGCCAGGAUUCCUGUCUGGGGUGGAGUCCCUUAUAGCGGUGCAAGGCCAGAAUUCUGUGCGACCGUUGCUGCCUCUGAAAGCUAACCCACCAGAGUGGAAAAACAAAAUGCAUAUGCUGGGGCCUUCCACUUCCAGACAGACGGUGCCAAUCACCACAGCGAGCCCACUGGUUUUGCCCUCUCUUGGGCCUACCUCUGCCUUUCCUGGGCACUUGGAGACGUUCAGGCCAGACCCCCAUCUGGGUAGUCUCGAUGUCUGCAGCCUUGCAUAGGACCCUGCAUCCUGGCACAGGCCUUGGAGGCUGAGCUGAAGGAGGAGGAUGAGCUUUGCCCAUCGAGGCCAUGGAGGUGGAGACUGUGGAGGCCCGGUCCCCAGGCCCCGGCUACAAGCGUUCGGGCCGCCGCUACAAGUGCCUGUCCUGUACUAAGACGUUUCCAAAUGCGCCCAGGGCAGCACGCCACGCUGCCACACAUGGGCCUGUAGACUGCGCGGAGGAGGUGGCGGAGGCGAAGCUGAAGCCAGAGACGGAAUCUAAAACAGAGGAUGCCGGCGGGGACAAAGGGUCAGGCGCAGCGGCCAAGCCUCGGCCUUACGCAUGCCCACUGUGCCCCAAGGCCUACAAAACAGCCCCGGAGCUGCGCAGUCAUGGGCGCAGCCACACGGGCGAAAAGCCCUUCCCUUGCCCCGAGUGCGGCCGCCGCUUCAUGCAGCCUGUGUGCCUGCGCGUGCACCUGGCCUCGCACGCUGGCGAGCUGCCCUUCCGCUGCACGCACUGCCCCAAAGCCUACGGCGCGCUCUCCAAGCUCAAGAUCCACCAGCGGGGCCAUACGGGCGAGCGGCCCUACGCCUGCGCCGACUGCGGCAAGAGCUUCGCGGACCCUUCUGUGUUCCGCAAGCACCGGCGCACGCACGCCGGCCUUCGGCCCUAUGGCUGCGAGCGCUGCGGCAAGGCCUACGCGGAGCUCAAGGACCUGCGCAACCACGAGCGGUCCCACACCGGAGAGCGCCCCUUCCUCUGCUCCGAAUGCGGGAAGAGCUUCUCGCGUUCAUCCUCGCUCACGUGCCACCAGCGCAUCCACGCAGCACAGAAGCCCUACCGCUGCCCCGCCUGUGGCAAGGGCUUCACCCAGCUCAGCUCCUACCAGAGCCACGAGCGCACGCACUCUGGCGAGAAGCCCUUCCUGUGCCCGCGCUGCGGUCGCAUGUUCUCUGACCCCUCGAGCUUUCGGCGCCACCAGCGGGCGCACGAGGGCGUGAAGCCGUACCGCUGCGAGAAGUGCGGCAAGGACUUCCGGCAGCCGGCGGACCUGGCCAUGCACCGCAGGGUGCACACCGGCGACCGGCCCUUCAAGUGCCUGCAGUGUGACAAGACGUUCGUGGCUUCCUGGGACCUUAAGCGCCAUGCGCUGGUGCACUCGGGCCAGCGGCCCUUCCGCUGCGAGGAGUGCGGACGAGCCUUCGCCGAGAGAGCCAGCCUCACCAAGCACAGCCGAGUGCACUCCGGUGAGCGCCCCUUCCACUGUAACGCCUGCGGGAAGUCCUUCGUGGUGUCCUCCAGCCUGAGGAAGCACGAGCGGACCCACCGAAGUAGCGAGGCCACCGGGGCUCCCCCGCCGCAGGAGCUGGUGGUGGGCCUCGCACUGCCGGUCAGCGUGGCAGGCGAGGGCUCCGUGGCCCCAGCGGCAGGUGCAGGGCUCGGGGACCCUCCAGCAGGGCUGCUAGGGCUGCCCCCAGAAUCAGGCGGUGUGAUGGCCACCCAGUGGCAAGUGGUGGGCAUGACGGUGGAGCACGUGGAGUGCCAAGAUGCUGGGGUGGGGGAGGCUCCUGGUCCCUUGGAGGGCACAGGCGAGGUGGGGGGUGAGGAGGUGGACGAGAAGCCUCCGCAGUUUGCGUGCCGGGAGUGCAAGGAGACGUUCUCCACGCUGACGUUGCAACGAAGGCAUGAGCGCUCACACCCCGAGCUCCGGCCCUUUCCCUGCACCCAGUGUGGCAAGAGCUUUUCAGAUCGGGCUGGGCUGCGCAAACACAGCCGCACACACAGCUCUGUGCGCCCCUACACCUGCCCCCACUGCCCCAAGGCCUUCUUGAGUGCCAGCGACCUACGAAAGCACGAACGCACCCACCCUGUGCCCAUGGAGACCCCCACACCUCUCGAGCCCCUUGUGGCUUUGCUAGGAAUGCCUGAAGAGGGGCCAGCCUGAGGCCCAUGGCCCUUCCCUCUGAACUCCCAGGAGUUCCACCCCCACAGGUGCCUCCUGAACCUCCCUUUGCCCAGCUUACUCUUCUAGACUCCACAUCCCUGCCCCCCCCCUCCCCCCGUAGCCAGCUUACCUUCCCAACAGAGAUCUGGGGACAGUGGAGGCGGGCACCUGCUGUUCAGAGGCAUGGCUCUGUGAGUAACACAUUAAAGCAUUCACUUUGACCCUG